CGGUAGCCUCGGUCCCGCUGUUGUGCUUGCGUCCUUGGUCUUUUCCUGCCGCUGGUGCUUCCCGCUAUGCCUGAGCCGGCCAAGUCCGCUCCCGCGCCCAAGAAGGGCUCGAAGAAAGCGGUCACCAAAGCCCAGAAGAAGGAUGGCAAGAAGCGCAAGCGCAGCCGGAAGGAGAGCUAUUCCAUCUACGUGUACAAGGUGCUCAAGCAGGUGCACCCCGACACCGGCAUCUCGUCCAAGGCCAUGGGCAUCAUGAACUCCUUCGUCAACGACAUCUUCGAGCGCAUCGCCGGCGAAGCAUCCCGCCUGGCGCAUUACAACAAGCGCUCGACCAUCACGUCCCGGGAGAUCCAGACGGCCGUGCGCCUGCUGCUGCCCGGCGAGCUGGCCAAGCACGCCGUGUCCGAGGGCACCAAGGCUGUCACCAAGUACACCAGCUCCAAGUGAGUCCCUGCCGGGACGCGGCGCUCGCACGAGUCGCCGGCCGCUUGACCCCCCCCAAAGGCUCUUUUCAGAGCCAC